AUUUGUCACCCUGAAGAUGAGAUCUGAGACAUCCAUGCUAUCCCCCUUCUGCUGCCCUCUGAGGUGAAUGAGCGCACCUCACCUCUUCAGCUGGGCUGGGGAACUCCAAAUGCAGAAACAAGGCAUCACCUGUGCCUUUGCCUCGCAUAAAACUUGUUGCCUAUGCCUGUAGGGCUGCGGGAUCCAUGCCCAUUAGAAGGAUUUCACACCACCACUCUACCCUAUAAAAAGGAAAUCACAUGCAAAGGAAAAAGAGCAAAGUUCUGUCACAGGAGGUGGGGAAACUAUCUUUGGCAGAGGCUGAGCAGAAAGUACCGCAGUAGCACAACCAGGAACUGGUGCCAUGGAUGCCCUGGUUCGACUCCUGCAGCUGCUCGUGCUGCUCCUGACCCUGCCCCUGCACCUGCUGGCUCUGCUGGGCUUAUGGCAGCCCCUAUCCAAAAAGUACUUCCCCUACCUAAUGGCUGUGCUGGCUGUCAAGACCAACCGCAUGAUGGAGAGCAAGAAACGGCAACUCUUCAGCCAGAUAAAGGAGGUUAAGGAAAACAGCAGGGAGGUGACCCUGCUAGAGCUGGGCUGUGGCACUGGUGCCAAUUUCCAGUUCUACCCACCUGGCUGCAGGAUCACCUGCCUGGACCCAAACCCCAACUUUGAGAAGUUCCUGACAAAGAGCAUGGCUGAGAACGGACACCUCCAAUAUGAGCAGUUCGUGGUGGCUCCUGGAGAGGACAUGAAACAAGUGGCAGAUGGCUCCAUGGACGUGGUAGUCUGCACUCUGGUGCUGUGCUCUGUGCAGAACACAAAGAAAGUCCUGCAGGAAGUCUACAGAGUGCUGAAGCCGGGAGGACUGUUAUUCUUCUUGGAGCACGUGGCUGAGCCUGAAGGAAGCAGGGCCUUUAUGUGGCAGCAAGUUUUAGAGCCCACCUGGAAACACAUUGGGGAUGGCUGCUACCUCACCAGAGAGACCUGGAAGGAUCUUAAGAAGGCCCAUUUCUCUGACGUCCAAAUGGAAUGGCUUCCCCCUCCCUUCAAAUGGCUACCUGUUGGGCCCCACAUCAUGGGAAAGGCUGUGAAAUAAGCUUCAUACCCCCAAGGCAGUCACUGGCUACCUUCCCCACCUCCAGUCAGAACAAGGCACCCACCACCCAGUCUGUCUCCUCCUGAGAGGAAUCAAGCGAAGAAUGGGAGAAGCUCCCCCAGCCCUGCUCCUCUAGAUCAUCUGCACCUACCUCUGCCAGGGGGAAAUCUCUAGCUCCCAUCCCUCCUUCAACAACACAAAAGCUCUAUUCCUACCCUCACCAGGAAAAAUACAAACAUUACAUUAUACCCUG